AUGAAAACAAAAACACACAGGAACGAAAUCAACGCGGAAUCCCCUAAUUUCUUUUGUGAAAACUGUCGCGCAAUUUAUUAUUGUUCAGAUGAGUGUCGAAUCGCGAGCACAUCGGGAAGAAACGGUGAUCAUGAUAGAAAUGCGUGCAUGAGGCUAGCGGAGGAAGUUAGUCUAUUCGAACAAUUGGUAAAGAAAACUGAAGGUGGUGCUGAAGAUGAAUUAUUAGGUGUUCAAGAAUCUGCAUGCGAUGAGCUAAAAAGAUUAGGUGUUCAUAAGCAUCGUGAAUAUCGACGGGAAUGCUCUUGUUUCGACUUUGUUCCUUUCGGUGAAUUAGUAUAUAACGAGCUACGCAGCGUUUCAACGUAUGAAGAAUACAUUGCUUCUGAGCUCCAGUAUUUCAGAAAAUUACUUCGCGACGUUAACGAUGGAGACGCCGAUUGGGUUCAAAAACAUGCGCGAGUAGAUCAUCUGCCAUUCUCGAUAGCUCAAAACAUACUCAAAUUCAACUUAGAUAUUAUAAUGGAAUCUUCCAUACUCAGAGUAUGCAUAGCAGGUUGCGAGAAAGAGUUUGAUACAUUUGAGCGCGUGGCGAAAAAAAUAUACGCACUCACGAGUCGAGAUGAUGAAGAUGGUGAUUCUACUACUCGAAGGAUGGAAGUAUACUUUGUUGGUCCAGAGCUUUCAAAACGAUUACACAAUACGGUCGUGUCGUUUUAUGAUGGGAAAUUGCAAUGCAUUUUGCUCAAGGGUUUGCUUGGUACAUCUGCAGAACUAGAAGGUGGAGCGCCACCAGAUAUAGUGUAUUGUCCAAACGCCGGUGUUGCGAUUUACACAUUCGAGUGGCAUGCCGCUGUUCGUUGGUGUAUCCUGAAUGCAAAGGGAAGAAAAAAAGGAUGUUUGAUGCUAUUCAGCGAUUAUACUUUUGAAGCGGCUUGGAAAGGGUAUGAAUUGUUGCUGCAAUGGAUCGUGGAACAAGGAGCGGAAGGGAAAACAAUUCUGCCUGUUUGCGAAAACGCGUUCAAACAUCCAACGCUGAGAAAGCACGAGAGAGUAACGACAAAACAGGUUCGAGAGUAUAGCAACGGUUUUAUAUUUGGUUUCGGUACUUAG